AAUUGGCUCAGUUUCAGAUAAGACAGUGCACGCGCUCGCUCGUACGCGUACGGACCUUAUAUAUAAAGAAGAUCUUACGAAACCGUUAGCACAUUCGGCCUACAAGUUGUCCAGGAAGUCGCCUGUUCCUUUGUCACCAAGAAAACAAAAUGCUGCUGCCACUGAUCGUUGGUGUAUUGUUGGUGCAAACAUUGGCGGCCAGCCCGUACAUUGACAGCCAUCCUCAACCUCAAGUAUUAAACUACCACAUGGACACAAAUAAUAUGCCUAAUUCAUAUAAUUUCCAUUACGAUGCAAGCGAUGGCUCUUCCCGCACCGAACAAGGCGCCAUUUUGAAUCAAGGGACAAACGAUGCCGCACUCGACGUCCACGGAGCCGCCCGUUGGUACGACGACAAAGGUGAUCUGUACGAGAUGACGUACAAGGCUGGCAAGAGAGGUUACAGAACUGUUAUAAAAAAGAUCUCCUAACCGACCUAAUUAUACCGGACUACUACUUAUUCCAGAGGUUUCGGCUUCAAUCCCCGCAAUAUUUUUUUUAAAGAUCAUUAUUAAUUUUUAUU